AUGCCUGGCUUGGCUGCUGCGGAUGCCUACACCGGCGUGAGAAGCCGGGUGAGAAAAGCUUUGCUAGAUGCACCCGAGCAGAUCUACGUCGUGCCAUUCAUAUCAGAGUACUUUGGGGCAUUCAAGACCAGCCUGGUGACCAUCAUGGGUUCACUUCAGGUGUGGCGGCGGACAAAAGCCUUGGCCUAUCCUGAGGAUUGGAUCUUGACCCGUUUGGCCUUCGCCUCUGCUGGCUUUAACAUUCGGUGCGAGUGCAUUGCCGUGGCUGCCAAGCAUUGCGGUCCGGGCGGUCACGGCAAUGAUGAGAGGAAGCGGCUAGCCAAAGUAAGAGGCCAACCGGGAGUUGGCAAAUUGUUUUGGGGUGUCCUCAAUCAAGGACAGGGUGAGUGCUGUGGACAUCGCCCAACAGCCGAUCCAGCUUCCAUCUGUGGAGACCACGAACAGCGCUACGAAGGCUGCAUGCUUACUUACAUAUACGUUACAACGUUUGAAAAGUUAAGUUGCAUAUGUCUGCGUCGUCCCGUUUCCGCAUGUGUUGGUUUUCUCAGGUGGGUCUGGCAUUUGGUUAGCUCAAGUUUAAGAAGGCAUGGAUAA